AUGCGUUUUUUCUUCAUCCACCGUCUUCACCGCAUCACAGUCCAAUACUUCCCCUUCGCUUUCCUUCAAAAGUCUCAGCAACGAUUUCUCAAUGGUAUUACUGGAGAUGUUGAACCCGAUUCAGGUGAACAUGCUUUCGGGCUGGGCGUGUAUGCAGAUUCGUACACUAUGGAAACAUUAUUUCCAGAAGACAUCUGGCCGAUGCUCUGGAAGAACCCAAGGCCGAUGACCUUCAUGUAUUCCGCAGCUAAACCUAAUUUGAUACAGUUUCGAUGAGGAGAAGAUUUUCCGAUCAAGAAUAAACGUCUGAUUCUUCAGUCAUUUAAUGUAUUCCAGAUCCCGAAUUGAGCAGUUGAAUUAUGAAAGGGGUCCUGCUUAAACUUUUGUAAGUUCAUCACAUUUGAAGAUGAUUGUUAAGCAGGUUAAACUUGUGAAUCUUUAAUCCCCGAGCUAAAAAUGAUGGCAGGUUUGUGAAUAUGGUUGGAUGUCAAAUUUCCCUGAUGAUGGCCAAAGGCUUUUCAUACAUCUUUAUACAAAAAAAGCUUGAGAAAGUCACUGAAGCUGAAAAACAAGCACCAAAACAUUUACUUCGGGUAAAGAAGAAGGAAAAAACUUCAUCCAUCACAAACAUCCAUCGGUUUUUGUUCCGACAUUAUCUCCACCGGUUGAAGUGAUGCUCCGUGCACUCGAGGGAAUUGUGCAUUGAAAGUCUAUCAAGCUAAGAAGAAUAUCUGAAACACUAACUUAUUUCUGCCACGUGGGCUUCAAGUUGAGAAAACCAUCAAAGUUUCUAAUAUUCAAUACCUUGAGGUGGCUUUAUUCAAGUUAUGAGGAAUGGGAUUUCGACUCGAAAUGUUUUUUCUAUCAGCCAAAAGCGUUAAAUGCAAAAAAUAGCAACGUACACUAAUUUAUUUGUUUACUUUCAUUUCUUACAUUAAGACAUUAUACUCUAUUCAAUCUAUACAGUUGCUUAGUAUUUGAAUGACAUUAUAGCAUCCUACUUUCGUGACCAGCCAA